AAUUUUUUUGAAAAAAAUUUCCACAUUUGCAAACGGCAACUUUUUUAAAAAAAUUUUUGACAUUUUUUUUCUUUUAUUACUAAAAGACUGAUUUUUUUUUUGAAACAUGGCCAAUACUAAUAGCGGUUCUGAUCAAUGGUGUUUGAUUGAAUCGGAUCCAGGUGUAUUUACCGAAUUGAUUCGUGGUUUCGGUGUUGAUGGACUACAGGUUGAAGAACUUUAUUCAUUAAUGCCUGAAUGUUUUGAAAAUCUUAAACCAGUACAUGGUCUAAUUUUUCUAUUCAAAUGGGUACCGGAUGAUUAUUCGGAUGGUAAAUUACUUCAAGAUUAUCGAUUAAUGAAUGAAAUUUUUUUUGCCAAACAAGUUAUUCAUAAUGCUUGUGCUACACAAGCAUUGAUCAAUAUAUUGAUGAAUUGUAAACAUUCGGAUCUGAAUCUUGGUUCAACAUUGAGCGAAUUUCGUGAAUUCACUAAAUCAUUUGAUGCAUCAAUGAAAGGUCUUUCGUUGAGCAAUUCCGAAUUGAUUCGUAAAGUUCAUAAUUCUUUUUCUCGACAACAAAUAUUUGAAUUUGAUAAUUUAAGCGGAAAAAAAGAAAAAGAAGAUGUAUUUCAUUUUAUCGGUUAUAUACCAUAUGGUGGUCGUUUAAUCGAAUUGGAUGGCUUAAAAGAAGGCCCGUAUGAUUUAGGACCGAUUGGUGAUAAUGAAGAUUGGGUAGCCAUUGCUCGACCACAUAUUGAAAAACGAAUGCAAAAAUAUUCAACCGGCGAAAUACAUUUCAAUCUGAUGGCCGUUGUUAGUGAUCGAAAAAUGCUUUAUGAAAAACAAAUUGUCGAUUUGGAAAAACAAACAAACAUUGAUGAUGGUGAAAAACGAGCCAAAAUUGAAAAUCUUAAAUAUCUAAUCAAACAAGAAAUGGAUAAAAUGGAACGUUAUAAGCUUGAAAACAUUCGCCGUAAACAUAAUUAUCUUCCAUUGAUAAUUGAAAUACUUAAACAAUUAGCUAAGGAUGGUCGAUUGAUUGAAUUGUAUGAAAAAGCUAAACAACGUGCUCAACAACAUAAACAAAAACAAGAAAAAUUGAAAGCCAAAACUGAAAAAGUUAAAUGAAAAAAACUUUUUUUUUUA